UAACAGCACCUGAAUGCAGCAUAUCACGUGACAGCAUCUGACAGCUCAGAGAAGGAACACUAAUAUGGCGGUGUGCAUAGCAGUGAUCGCAAAAGAGAAUUACCCACUGUAUAUCCGCAGUGUGGCCACUCAAAAUGAACUGAAGUUUCACUACACAGUGCACACCUCUCUGGAUGUGGUGGAGGAGAAGAUCUCAGCAGUGGGCAAAUCUUUGGGGGACCAGAGAGAGCUCUACCUGGGUCUGCUCUAUCCCACUGAAGACUACAAAGUAUAUGGGUAUGUAACCAACUCCAAGGUGAAAUUUGUCAUUGUUGUGGACUCGUCAAAUACAUCAUUACGGGACAAUGAAAUUAGAAGUAUGUUCAGAAAAUUACACAACUCUUUUACUGACGUAAUGUGCAACCCGUUCCACAGUCCUGGGGACCCCAUUCAGUCCAAGGCUUUCGAUGGCAUCGUAUCUGGAAUGAUGGUGCAAACUGGCUGACAUCCCUUCCACUCCUUCUGAGCCUCCACUGUACAGAACACCCCUUAUCCUAUUUUUUUGUUUACAUGUUGCCUUGAUCAUUAAAAUUCAUAAGUAAUAAAACUGAAUUAUUGUUGCACAUCA